UUCCCAAACGGGAACGGCAUGACGGCAGCGGCAGGGGCCUCCGCUGCACUCCGCCUGUGCUACGGGGCUGGGCCGGGCGUUCCUUUCUCUGCCUCCGCGUCGUCGCUGUCCCCGUCCUCGGCCGCCGCCGCUUCAGGCUGCUCGUUCGGUCCCCGCGGCGUGGCUCGGACGCUCGGCCCCUCCGUUGUCUUCCGCCCGCUCCUGCUCCCGGCGACGGGCUCCCGCGGCGGCGGCGGCGGCUGCGCGGGCGGACGGCUGCCCAGGGGCUCCCGCGGCUGCCGCCGCGCUGCUGCGCUCGCUCGGGCUGCGGCUGCUGCUGUGGGGCCCGGCGCCGCCUUAAUCUUCGCGUGUGCCCCCACCCCGGCGCCUGAAAGCUCUGUGUCUCCCAGGCCGCGCCGCUCCCCGAUCCCCGCGCCCCGCUCGCGGCUCGGCCCGGCUUUGACGUGCGCACUGCGCAGCCGCCGACGACGCGACGUCGGGCGGCGCCGCAACGCCCCCUUCCGCCUCGGGCGCCCCCGAGCGGCCGGCGGACUCAGGGCGCCGCGUGUUGGCGCGAGGCCCAAGCGGGAGGGGCCGCAGAGAAAAGCAGAAGCCAAGCCCCGCAGUUCCUCUUCCUCCGCCGCAGCUUCCAAGGCGGGGCUCAGCCCCUGCUCCUCCGCCUGAGCGCUCUUCCUGCGGGAAUCGCACGCCCACUUUCAACGACCACUUCCUCAACUCUUCAAGCUUAAUUCUGCCAGAGGCCGGGAUCCCACUUUGUGCAGACCGAUUCUUACUUUCUUGGAGCAGAUCACUUCAUUUUAGCAUCCAGGGGGACACAGCAUAGAAAGUGCCGGAACGUUCCAGAUUAAUGGGAAUAUUCCUAUUUAAAUCAGCAACCUGGAAUUAAAUCUUGCUCCACCAUUUGCUAUCUAUGGGCUGUUUCACGUCCCUGUGCCUGGAUUUCCUCACACAUUAAAAAAAAAAAAAAGUGUGUAAUAAUAUAGUGGUACCAGCCACGGGCUUCUGAGGAUGAACGGGACGGUGCAUUGCAAAGCUCUGACAACGGAGCCUGGCACAUACAAAUAACGCAUGUGUGUAUUUUUGUUUCUUUGUUUUUAAUGUGUAACUGAACUAUUUUUUUAAGCGCCUCCUGUACGCCAGGGGUGGGGCAGUGAGCGAAACAGCCCCUGCUCCUAGCACAAACGGUUGACAAAUAAUUGACUAAUAAACCUACAGGUAUGUAUAAUACUGGAAAAUUAGGCCAGGCGCGGUGGCUCACACCUGUAAUCCCGGCACUUUGGGAGGCCGAGGUGGGCGGAUCAGGAGUUCAAGACCAGCCUGGCCAACACCGUGAAACCCCAUCUCUACUAAAAAUAUUUUUAAAAAAUUAGCCGGGCGUGGUGGCGGGCGUCUGUAUUCCCAGGUACUUGGGAGGCUGAGGCAGGAGAAUCGCUUGAACCCAGGAGGCGGAGGUUGCAGUGAGCCGAGAUCGCGCCGCUGCACUUCAGCCUGGGCGACGCAGCGAGACUAUCUCAAAAAAACAAAACAAAACAAAAACAAAAAAAAACAACAAAGAAACAAAUACUGUACAGUUAAAAACACGACUGGGUGAGGAGGGGAGAGAAAGCAGGGU